AUGAAGUACUUCAGCUUGAUCAUCGCCGCUUCGUCGGUGCUGCCUAGUCUUACGAGCGCCCACUACUUGUUCCCCCACAUGAUUUACAAGGGCCAGAAAACCAAAGACUAUGAGUAUGUGCGCGAGCACGACAACGGGUUCCAGCCGUCCUGGAACAAUGGUGAAAUCCUCAAGUCCAACGACCUCCGAUGCAACAAGGGCUCCGAAAAGCACGCCAGCAAGCCAAAGGCGGCCAAGGUCAAGGCCGGCGAGGACGUUAUCGGCUUCGCCACCAACAUCGGUCUGAAGCUCGGCCACCCAGGUCCUAUCACGAUCAUGAUGAGCAAAGCCCCAACAGGCAACGUCGCAGAGUACAUGGGCGAUGAUAAGUGGUUUACCGUCUACCAGUUGACCACCACAACUCCCUGGAACGGAACCGACCAGGGCUGGCUGUCUUGGAACCAGAAUCAGUUCACCUUCAAGCUGCCCCUCGAGAUCCCCAAGGGCCAGUACCUGAUGCGCAUCGAGCACAUGGCCGUUCACAAUCCCUACAAGGCCAAGGAGUUCUACAUGCAGUGCGCCCACCUCGACGUCGAGUCCGACUACAACGGCACCCCUCCCGGCCCCACUUACGAGAUCCCCGGCGGGCUCACCAUGCAGUCUCCCGCCAUUCAGCUGGACAGCUGGGCGGACAAGAAAACCCUGACGAAGGCCCCCCGGCCCUGGUCCGACAAGCUGUGGCCCAACGAUGACCAGUUCAACAAGAUCAUCUAA